CCCCUCGCCCUCGCCCGCUGUGCCGGGAAAUCCACCGCGCGCUACACGCUCCGCUCAGUCCGAGUUUGUCGCCGUUGCGCAGUGCCGUGUUAUAGUCGCGCGCCUCGCUAAGCUCGCGUACCUUACGCCGAUAUUCUCGCAGCGCUCUGCGCCGGAUCGCUCGCGUUCCCCUUUGAUUUCGUGCCGUCCCCUGAUGUCGGUAGGUGCGGGCGGCGGCAUGCUGCCCGCGCUGGCGCUGUUGCUGCUGCUGGCGGCGCCGGCCACCGCGCGCCGGCAUGCGCCCGACUUGCGCGAGGAUGAACCCGCUCGUCGUACCACACGUCCCGCCGAAUGUCAGUUCGGUAAGCAAGCCAAGGAGCUGGGCUCGACGUGGUUCGCGGAUCUCGGCCCUCCCUUCGGGGUAAUGUACUGCAUCAAAUGUGAGUGUAUUUCGGUUCAAAAGAAACGUCGUGUGGUGGCCAAAGUACACUGUCGGAACAUCAAGAACGAGUGUCCGGAGCCGUCAUGCGACACUCCGGUGCUGCUGCCGGGGAGAUGCUGCAAAACUUGUCCGGGAGAUGUAGAUUCGCCCGAUAUCGUGCAGGAGGACAGUCCGACCGUCGUCAUUACUGGCGGCGAGGAGGAGGAGCUUAGUAUGAAACAUUUCGGAGCGUUAUUAACAGGACGAUCCCCACUGUGUAUACGUCGUGAUGAUAUGACAGGAGUGGCAGUCGCCCCCGGAGUGGCCACCGCUCGGUUCACUUUUAGACGUCGCCAUCUGUUCUGGUCCGUACUUCUGGGGCCAUCUAUUGUGACGCAACCUCGCUCGCUAGCCUUCCUCGAUAGAGGAGGAAGAAUGCUACUCGAACAUCCAUUGAAAAGAUCACCCGGUAUUCAUGCGACUUACGAAGAAAAAACUGAUAAGCUGUGCGGCGUAUGGCGCCGGGUGCCACGGGAGUACAAGCGGUUGCUAAGAGAUGGGUCUCUAUACGUGGCCUUGAUCUGGGGCGACGAGCGGAAUAACUCCAUGGACAAGGCUUUAAGUGGACGAAUUAAUAGAUAUCCAGCACUAUCAACUGAGAUGUUCACAACACUACUAGAGCCGGAACAUCCUCCGGCGUCUAUUGGUAACGGCGCAUGUGACGACUACCGCACCCUGGGACAGGAGGGCGGUUGGUGGGGUGGUACAGCAAUUGUGACAGGAGCCGCCGGAGCAGCGCCCAGUUUGCAUCUGGCUAUCAUCUACAAUGGCAUAUUCACUCUUAGUGCCAGAGAUCAGUCGGUUAGAGUCCUACUGACUCUACCUGAACGAAACCAGACUAUUAUCGACGAGAUUCAAAAAGUUCCCAAGCCGGGUUACGAAAUGAACAUAUUAGAAGUAUCAACGCCAGUCUCGGCCGCAGAACUCAGGUCGUUGUCUCGUGGGAGACUACUGCUGGCGGUGCAGGAGGUAGGCACGGUGGAGCGGCGCAUAGUGGGUGCAGUGCGACAAAAGGCGGCCUGCGAGGUUUACCACGCCUGUCUGGUCGCCGAGAGGGCCCCAGCGUCACCUGCUCCAGAGGGCCUUGCUUUGAUAUAUAUCGACAAAGAAGGGUCCCUAGUAUAUGACAUACAGGUUGACAAUUUGGGGAUAUCAGAUCCUAAAAUAACUCUAGUCGAGGAGCAAGGCAAGCGACACUCGCAGGUGGAGAUCCUAGACACGCGUGUGGGCGUGCUGGCGCGACCUAGCGCACGCAUUUUCCCGCCGCUCUACGAGGACCAACUCGCUGUGCAUAUCGGCGCUGACGCAGGACCACCAAUCCUCCGCGGGCGGCUGCUGUCUCGCUCGCUGCCGGACGCAGCAGGAUUGGGGCCGGCGCUGCUGCGUCGGACUGACGCUCGCACGCCCACCACGCUAACCCCUAUGGCAGGCCUCGCCUGGCUCUCCGUCGACUCACUUUGCGGUAUACAGUAUGAGGUGGUAGUGACCGGGGCGACCGGUGCUUGGUCAUCGUGGCUGGAGACGCACAGCGGUAGUGCGCGUGCGCUGGGCGGGGCGGAGGGCUGCGUGCUGGAGCCCGCGCCCGCCGAGCUGGCAGCAUUGCAGGCUGGUACCGCGCAUCUCAACGUACGCGCGGCCGACAACGUCACACAGCUACUGCGCACGCGCGUACCACAGAUAAGCGUGCCGCCAUCUUGUCUGCCGACGGUGCCGUGGACGUCAGACAACGAGCUGGGCGCGGGCUACUCGCCAACGCACGUGGAAGCUCCACCACCUGAUAAUUCAUUGACCAAUACUGCAUCUUGCUACUACGCCGGACGAUUCUAUGAAGAUGGCGCGCAGUGGAUGUCGACUGAGUCGUGCCAAAUGUGCGGAUGCGUGCACGGCGUGCUGCGUUGCGAUGCAGUACGUUGCCCGCGCGUAACUUGUGCCACGCCCACCAUACAACCGCCCGGACAGUGCUGCCCCAUCUGUACCAAUUCUACAACAGCGGUGUGGAACGAGUCACAUGGAUGCCACCUAGCAGGUCAGUACCACGCGCCAGGCUCCUCAUGGCAUCCGUACCUGGUGCCGGACGGAUACGACCUGUGCGCCGUGUGUACCUGUGAUUUCGCAACGCGCCAGGUGCGCUGCCCUCGCGUACGCUGCCCACCCCUCCGCUGUGCCGAGAAGGAUGCCUACAGACCCGACAAGAAAGCAUGCUGCAGAGUCUGCCCAGAGGAAAAAAUUAAAAAAGUGGAGGAAGAGACGCCGAAAGACCAGGGAGCGCCGCGGACUGCAGAAGAGAUCCUGGCAGAGGGCGGGUGCAAGUUCCCUGAUGGACCUCUGCCAAACGGCAAGGAGGUGCACCCCUCCAUACAUUCGCACGGCGAGCAGAGAUGUGUCACCUGCCGCUGCAAGGACGGCGAGGUGACGUGCGUGCGUAAACGUUGCGGGCGUGCUGCGUGUGCGCGGCGUCGGCGCGGUGACUCGUGCUGCGCGUGCGCGCGUCACCGCCGACAGCGCGCCCCUCGCCCCGCGCCGAGCUGAGCGCCGCGCGACUACACUAACUAAAAGCAGUAGCAACUCGCUUGCGUUUCACUUCGUAAGACACUUUUGUUCACUUAGUAAGUAAUCUCUUGGAGACACAAUCUACGUAAUAACAGCGGUAACAGUACUCGUUUGAGUCUUUUAAUGAACUUUAUACAGAGCCGUGCUUUAUGUACUACAUCUUUCCUUCAAGAUGCAAACUCUUAAGACACAGUAAAGAGUUCAGUAGAGUUAACUAACCAGUGUUGGAAGGAAGUUGGUAAAAUAACAAUUGUACAAAUAAAUGAAGCUAAGAAAUUUCUUCUUACUUAGUUUCUUUUCAUCAACCUUCCAUUUUUUUGACCAACGACUCCGUAGAUCGGAAACUUUUUAAUUUUUUUAACGAUUUCAAACAGAUUAUACAUCCUAAUUUAAUAAGGUACUUUACCUUGUUUCAAGGCUGUAUUUUAGAAUUGUUUGUUGUACUAUAUAUGACAUCUAAUCUAAAUCAAGAUAACAAUCACUAAGAAUGAUUAAAAUAGCGAUUAUGACGAGGAAUAUCCCUUAAAUAAAACAAAAGUUGCGAAUUGGUUGUUUGCGCUGCUAGUAGUUAAUGUGGAACUACUGCUUUUAGUUACUCUGUGUCCUAGGCUAAGUGAGUGAACGCUUCGCUCUAUAGACUGAUAUAUUUUUAUGUAUCUUGCGAUUGGAAUGUAUAAGGGAGGGGUGCGCGGGCGCGGCGCGGCUCGACGCGGCUUCCGACACAAUUCUAAGACGUUAAAUAUUUUGUUUCCCACCGGUAUUUUAAUUGGUAUUAUGAAAACGUCAAGAAAUUUUGAUAGGCGCAUUAGACGGAGCCGAGGCGAGACGCGCGGGUGCGCGGCCCAAUCGCGUCGUCAGCAUGACGCGUGUUUGUGGGUAGACGUUAAAGAUGUGCCAUAUUUUCUUAAUGUAAAUAAAUAAAUUAUUACAUGUAAACUAUUCUUAUUAUGUGGAUAUUUAUUGACGAUUCUAUUGUAUAUUGUUAUCGAAUUGGAUAUUUAGUUACGAAAUCAUCACAAAAUUGUAAAUCUAUUAAGUAAUUGUUUUGUGCAUUUGCUUGUAGUUUCUUGUAUAUCAUUAUUUAAACUUCAUGUAAAUGUACACUUAAGUUUAAUUUAAGUGUAAUUGGAUGUAACAUAAGUAUAUGUUGGUACUAUUACGUGUCUGAUAUAAUUUGUAAAUAACUCGGUAUUAUUUUAUUAUGUAUUACUAAAACAUAUAUAACUUUGUAUCACGGAAGCUGGAUAUUAAACUUUUUAAUUAAGAUAGUAUAUAAGUGUAACGUGACUAGUUUUGUUUAAUUACUAGAUGAAUAUAAUUAAGAAAGCUAGUCCAAAUGUUUCGAUGUGAUGGAAUGUAUGCCAUGUAGUUAGAAGUUAAUGCCUGCCUUGAUUAUUGUUAGAUAUAUUAUAGUUAUAGUAUAAGUGACGGCUUGACGUAUUUUGUUUUUUUUGCGGCAUUAUUUUUGUAGGAGCUGAUAUCGUGAGACAUUACCAAAAAGAAAAUGUUUUUUUUUCUCGAUGUUUUAUAAAGAAAUUUCGCGUAUUUUGUUGUGGGUUUCUAGUCCAUCAAAAUUGUGAAUGUAUAUCAUAGUUUUACUCACGUUGUAUUGGCUAUCAUUUGUUUUAUGAAUAUAUAUAUUUUUUUCAUUUAAUAAAAAUUAAGAAUAAUAAUUGAUUAAUUAAACACGAAAGAGUUAUCUUGUUUUUUAGUACUUGUGUAUAUUUCUAACAGUAGGAAAGUAACCUAUGGCUUGCGAAUAACAUAACUAAUA